AUGAAAUUGAACGAUUUGACGGCCCUUGUUUUGACCAACUCGGCCCUCUACAACUUCGUCGUUCCAUACAUCUACUCGCAUUUCGACAUUGCGUGGCUCGAAAGCAUGUCCGCCGUUCCCGGGCGCAGGGGCAUCUAUAGUCUCAUAUGCGGCUUGUCGACAAUCUGUAUGGGGAGCAGCUUCGUCCGUUCUGUGAGCGAGAGCCACCGCCGGAACAACCGCCAGUUGCCCCGGUUCCCAAACCGCAACUACGGCCAGUACAUAAAAACGUUCAACAUAAAGAACGCUCGGGAGCAGUUGCUCAGGGAAUACCUGGUGUACGUCAACGGUGGCCAGAUGCUCGGUACUCUGGUCGCUAGCGCCAUUCGCAACAUGGAAAACCUUGAGAGCUUCUGCUGGGACAUGCCUACGGGCGUCCUUACCAGUGUCUUCGAAGCCCUGGCCUCGUUGGCUCACCAACCCGGGAAGGAGUGCAAGCUGAGCCGCGUAAAGGUCCGCUGGCACGAUAACGCCAAACGAAACUAUGGCCGUAGGUUUCCGGACCCCUACGCUGGUGCAGACAGCAUGACGGUCGUUCCAAAUGGAACCCGCCUCACACUCGUUGGCCUUAUGCUGCCCCCCAACCACUACCACCCGCCUCCCCCAGCGCCGGUUCGGUACUCUGAAUACGGCUGCGGGUAUCCCACAUUCAGUGUGCUUCCGCCCCUCAAGAGCCUGGCCGUUUUGGACAUUGAUGAGAUUGGCUAUCUAGACGAGAUGGCGGUGCUCAUCGGGCGCUCCAAGGACACACUUCAAGAACUCAGCGUUGGAAUUUCAAGCAAAGCGCUCAAUAUGGCCUUUGUAUAUGCCUUCGACUGGUCGGUGUUGACGAGCCUCACCCUGCUCAGCUGCGGCAGGCUCGACAACCUGUGGAAGAUAUUGCGGAAGCACUUCCGGCCGACUCAAGUGGGCACAACAUUCGGCUUCUCGUCUGGUCCAAAGCCAUUUGUCGAUGUCGGGCGGCAGUAUCACCUCGCGCUCAAGGUCAUCCACACCGACACCGCAACCCCGUCCCUGAUCAAUUUCAUCGAAAGGACCCUCGCGCCAAACUCGCUCGAAGGCCUAUUUCUACGGUAUAGGCCGGGAAAUGUCAACAACCUUGUGUUAUCCCUGGAUAAGAUUUUCGGGGGGGCCAUCAAGCCACACCAUGCGAGCCUGCGCAAGCUGUUUCUCCAAGCCCAUCGCAUUGAUUGGGCUCUUCCUACCAACAUGGCACUGUAUCUCACCAGCGGCCGCAUGAAGAAUCUGCGCGAACUGUCCGUCACGCUGAAGUACCGGGACUGGCACAUCUUCCUCCGCCGCCUCCCCCACAUCCCCCAGCUACGCGCCCUCCACAUCCACAAAGUGAGAGCCUACCCAGCGACCAACAUCGGCCGCCUCUCCGAGUUGGAACUCGCCACCCAGAUCGUCGACGUCGUCUCGCUCCGCCCGGAGAUCCCGCUGCGCUACGUGGCCGUGGACGCGAGCUGUUUCGAGAUCUUGGAGGGCCCUCCCUCGUCGAUUCCGGGAAGCAGCGCGGAUGAAGCGACUGAGUGGACGAGUGACGUGUGGGCGUCGGUGGCGGACUCGCUGGAGAGUUCUGAUUCGGAGGAGGAGGAUGAUGAAUAUGGGGGAGGUUCGCUGCGGCCGGAAGAGCUUGCUAAGAGCGAUAGUGAGAGCGGGGUGGUGUUGGGCGUGGAUGAUGGUUGGGAGGCGGCUUAUGAACAGGAGGUGGAGGUAGGGGUCCAUGAGGGGUACGAGGAGGCUAGUGGCGAGGAGGAUGAGGAUGAGGAGGAUGAGGAGAAUGAGGAGGAGGAGGAGGAAGGAGGGGAUGGUUACGGGAGUGGGGACGAAGAUGAUGGGUUUGUUGAGCCGGGGAGUGAGAGGGUUAACUUUGAGUUGAGGAGGGUUGGUUUUCCUUGUGAUGAGGUUGAUAUCUUCAGGGUGAUGUCGGGGAAGUUGUGA